AUGAGCAGUCUCGCUGAUUUUCCAUCGAGAAACGCCGUCGCCUCUGGUGCUACAGAUGCGCCGGGCAGGAUACGGAAGCUCCCUGUUCUCUCGUCAUCUGUCCCAUCCGGCACAUUGACGAGUGAACCGAUGGAGGUCACUCCGCCUCCUUCGGCCGCCACUAAAAGCGCCCAUCACGGUACCCCCGAUAGUGAUCGAGCGGGCGCAAACGCGACAACGACAUCCAAUGGCUCUCCGGACUCUGGAAACCCCAAUAAUCAUGCGACGCACGGCCAGGCUAUCGGUGCCGCAGCGGCAGCCCAACAACCCAAGGUCGUGCAGACAGCGUUUAUCCAUAAGCUCUACAACAUGUUGGAGGAUCAGAGUAUCCAGCAUUUGAUAUCAUGGUCCAGUACCAACGAUAGCUUCGUCAUGUCUCCUACCUCGGAAUUCUCUAAAGUCCUCGCCCAAUACUUCAAACACACCAACAUUUCGUCCUUUGUGAGGCAACUCAAUAUGUAUGGUUUCCAUAAAGUGAGUGACGUCUUCCAUACCGGAUCUCCCGACUCUGCUCUCUGGGAAUUUAAACACGGCAACGGGAAUUUCAAACGUGGCGAUCUCGUUGGACUGCGAGAGAUCAAACGCCGGGCAUCGCGACAUGCCUUGAUCCACCGAGACUCCUUUCCUAGCCAUAAGACUGCCGCCUCCCAACCCGGUACGCCUGCGGAGCCUGUUCCUGAUGCGACUGAAGCACGAUUGAUGCAAUUGGAACAUAUGGUCUUCGACAUGCAUAAUCGCCUCAGCCGGGCCGAGGAAGGCAACGCGACAUUGAAUGCUAGGUGCCAGGCUAUGACGGAGAGUAUAACCAGGUGUCAUCAAUGGAGUCAUUCAAUAUCCCGAUUUCUGCAAGGAAUGAUACCUGACCGCGAAAGCUAUCUAUACCGAGAUGUGGCCAACAUGCAAGCUGAACUGGAAAAGCACCUAGACGCCGUUCGAGCCCUUGAACAUCCUGACCCCAGGCUAUUGCACAUACCAAGCGUCGCAGUCGACCCAGGUCCCCCGCUAUCCCCUCGGCAGAUGCCGCAAGAUGAUAACCGGCGACCAUCUUUUGUAUCUUCCAAUAUGAUUCGACCACCGGUACCCCCACAUUUGUCUGCCUCGCCCCGGCGUUUUGGCUCAAUUGGCGCGGCAAACUCUUCACCCAACUAUAGCCGCCCCCAGGUUCCGUCUAUAGUUACUCCGCAACCACCUGCUCCUCAUCCUCUUUCAUCCGCGUCUUCUCCGCCAGGUCCCAACCUUGCGCGCCGACAUACUUCAGCGGAUAUCCGACAGCAUGGUUGGCCGCCGCCAGGCAUCUCUCCAUUUCCUCCGAAUCAGCCAUCCUCUCAGGGACCCUCCCCUUGGUCGCCUUCACCUCUUCGCACACCCACAUCGAGCGACCAACAAGUACGGGAUGUAUUAGCGCAGUAUGAAAUGGGAGCGCCGCGCCGCUUUCAACAAGACAUUUCGCGACACGCCACGCCGCCGCUGCAUCCUGACCAGCAGGGGCCAACGGACAACGGCUGGGCUUUUGGCGGUCCCAGAUUCCCUCGACAUGAGUCUUCUUUGCCUGCGACCCGCCGAUCCAGCAUGGCUAGUAACGUACAUUCUCUCCUCAAUCCUGCCGACACUGCCGAAAGACCUGAUGAGGAUCAACACGCCGCAGAGGAUCGAAAGCGGAAGCGACUCGAGUAA